UAGUAUCCUAAAAAAAAAAAGACGUCAAUGGGAGCCAUUUGAAUGAUUGAACGCAACCCCGCUGUGUACGGGAAAGUUAGUCAACAGCAUCCUAUGGAAAAUACAGAUAUUCAACAAUAUAUCCAAGAGCGGGUUGUCAAGGUGGACAGCGAGGUCACGGGGUCGCCUGCGACAUCGACAGCCCUGAUAGAGAGCUAUGCUGAGCCUGACGUCUAUGAGAUAGGUAUUGAGGCGUCAGACCCGGGGGAGGAGUAUGUGAUGUCAUACAACCUAAGAGGGCUGGCCCUCAUCUUCAACCAGGAAUACUUCUCGCCAGAGCUCCGCCUCCCUCAUCGCCAUGGUACCAAAGCUGACAAGAACAACCUCUUGCGACGACUAGAGGAGCUAAGUUUUGCUGUGAGGCCAUAUGACAACCUGACCAGACAGGAGGUCCUGGCUGUCAUAAACGAUGCUGUGAACUGGAGCCAUACGGAGGCAGAUUGUUUCCUGUGUGUGUUUCUGAGCCACGGGGAGAAUGAGUGCGUGUUCGCUAGAGACGGCAAACUCUCCAUCCGAGACUUGACACACACCUUCAAAGGAGACCGCUGUCCUAGUCUGGUGGGCAAGCCCAAGAUCUUCAUCUUCCAGGCGUGUCGUGGGGAUAAACAUGACGAGCCAGUCAGUCCUAUAGUAGACGUGGUGGACUGUGAGGUUCAUGCUAACCAGCUGGUUGUGGACGCUGGGACGGUACACACACUUCCUGCUGGAGCGGACUUCCUGAUGUGCUACUCUGUGGCCGAGGGUUAUUUCUCCCACAGAGAGACGGUGAAUGGGUCGUGGUACAUCCAGGACCUAUGUGAAGUGCUCCAGGAGUACGGAACGCGGCUGGAGAUCACAGAGAUGAUGACGCUAGUUAACCGCCGGGUGUCGCUGCGACGCGUAGAGAACUGUGCCGACCGCAACGCCAUCGGGAAGAAACAGGUCCCCUGCUAUACCUCUAUGCUCACAAAGAAACUUUACUUCAGAUCCAAGAAGCUCUGAGACAAGAUGGCAACUUUACUUCAGAUCCAAGAAGCUCUGAGACAAGAUGGCAACUUUACUUCAGAUCCAAGAAGCUCUGAGACAAGAUGGCAACUUUACUUCAGAUCCAAGAAGCUCUGAGACAAGAUGGCAACUUUACUUUACUUUUACUUUACUGAGGCAAGACAUUCUACAUUAUCUACUCCCGGGACAAGACAUUCUACUCUACAGAAUCAAGACACUGAACAAAGAUAUUCUGAGACACUAAAAAACAAAAUAUAUUUUUACAAGAUCAAGAUACUGCAAGGUAAAAAUCUGUCUUUCUGCCCCUGAACAAGGCACUUGGUUCAGAAUGACAGAUUUGUACCUUGUCAG